CUAGAUUACUCAUUUGUUUUCUGAUUCGACAAUUUCAGCGCGUGUCUUCGAUUUUGCUGUUCAUUUUUGUUUCUCCCAUUAAAACUAUUUAAAUUUUCUGAGUGAAAAGGCAAACAGAAGAAUGGCAUCCAUUAGCUUGCUGAAUCCCAAGGCUGAGUUCGCUCGUGCUGCCCAGGCGUUGGCUAUCAAUAUCAGCGCUGCCAAAGGAUUGCAGGAUGUAAUGCGUACGAAUUUGGGUCCCAAAGGCACGGUUAAAAUGUUGGUUUCUGGCGCCGGUGACAUCAAAAUUACCAAGGACGGCAAUGUCUUGCUGCAUGAAAUGCAAAUCCAGCAUCCGACCGCAUCGAUGAUUGCUCGUGCCAGCACAGCCCAAGAUGAUUCCACUGGCGAUGGCACCACUACCACCGUAAUGCUUAUUGGUGAGCUGCUGAAACAGGCUGAUAUCUAUCUAUCGGAGGGCCUGCAUCCUCGCAUCAUGACCGAAGGCUUUGAAAAGGCACGCGAUAAGGCUCUUGAAGUUCUCGAUGAGGUAAAAGUUCCUGUGGAGAUCACAAAGAAGAAUCUUAUGGAGAUUGCCAAUACCAGUUUGAAGACCAAGGUGCAUCCCGGUCUGGCCGAUUUGCUAACUGAAGUCUGUGUGGAGGCUGUGCUGACCAUCGCCAGUGAGAAUAAUUCCAAGCCAGUGGAUUUGCAUAUGGUUGAGCUAAUGGAGAUGCAGCAUAAAACCGAUACAGACACCCAACUGGUGCGUGGUCUUGUAAUGGAUCAUGGAGCCCGUCACCCGGAUAUGCCCAAGCGUUUGGAAAAGGCCUAUAUACUGACGGCUAAUGUUUCCCUGGAAUAUGAAAAGGCCGAGGUCAAUUCCGGUUUCUUCUACAAGACGGCUGAGGAGCGGGAGUCAUUUGUGCGCGCCGAGCGUGAGUUCAUUGAUCAGCGUGUAAAGAAAGUGAUUGAGUUGAAACGUGCCGUCUGCGAUGGCAAAGAUCGCACCUUUGUUCUGAUCAACCAGAAGGGUAUUGAUCCAAUUUCGUUGGAUGCUUUGGCUAAGGAGGGCAUCCUGGCUUUGCGUCGUGCCAAGCGCCGUAAUAUGGAACGUUUGGCUUUGGCUUGCGGUGGCACCGCUAUGAAUUCAUUCGAUGAUCUCCAGGAGGAGCAUCUGGGCUAUGCCGGUGUCGUCUAUGAGCAUGUGCUGGGCGAGAAUAAAUAUACAUUCGUCGAGGAUUGCAAAAAUCCCUUGUCGGUGACCAUAUUGAUAAAGGGUCCCAAUAAGCAUACAAUUGUCCAGAUUAAGGACGCCAUUCGUGAUGGUUUGAGAGCCAUCAAUAAUACAAUUGCUGACAAGGCUUUGGUGCCAGGCGCUGGAGCCUUUGAGGUGCGCGCCUAUAAUAAACUAGUGGACUUUAAGGACACUAUUAAGGGUAAAUCCCGUCUGGCCGUUCAAGCUUUUGCCGAUGCUUUGCUGGUCAUACCAAAAACACUGGCAGUCAACAGCGGCUACGAUGCCCAGGAUACGAUUGUCAAGUUAACUGUGGAGGAUCGCCUCAAUCCAGAUUUGGUUGGACUCGAUCUGGCUACCGGUGAGCCCAUGAAGCCAACAGAUCUGGGUGUCUAUGACAAUUAUAUUGUAAAGAAGCAAAUCCUUAAUUCCUGUUCGAUCAUUGCCAGCAAUCUGUUGCUAGUCGAUGAGGUGAUGCGUGCGGGUAUGACCAGCCUCAAGGGCUAGUCCCCGAUGUUUGUUCCCCCCUCGGUCACUCUAUAAUUAACUAACUUAUGUUAAUGCAUUUUCAACAUACCCGCGACUAAAAACAAACAAAAAUCACUAAAUGGAAAAUCGGAAAUACUUCUAGUAUUCACAUACACACAUACACACAAACAUUUAACCCAUAUGAAAUGUAUUUCUCAACAAGUCUUAAUAUUUUUUUUUUUAUGCAUUUUCCAUUGUUUUGCUAACGAUUAUGCCUAAUAGGAACCAUUGGUUUAAAAAAACAAAAAGAAAAGAAUGGAAUAAAAAAUUAAUAAUAAAAAAAAAACCACA